AUGGCUGACUACUCCGGUGUCAGAAUUGGAAAACUCAAACUCAAGGGCGAGAAGAGGAAGAAGAAGAAACAAAAGACACCCAAAGAGGAGACACCGGAAGAGACGCAAAGACACGUGGAUUUACUCGACUCUCAAAAUCAUGGCAAUUGGUUCCCAAUCGAGAAGUUCGAGCAAAUCACGGGUCAGAUAGCCAUCGAGAUAUCUCCCUAUCAGUACGUGCGGGCGCUGGACAACGGCCUCUUCAUAUUGGGCGCCGCCCACAGUCCCGGCGAACAACCGGAUCCCGAGGAGAUCAUAACCGCCAUCCGCUGCUCCACACAAAUAGCACUCAAAUCGGGUUAUAAUAAGUACUUAAGCGUCGAC